AUCACAUCACACAACAUGGCGGGUUGUGUCACUGACAAAAGCUAUGAGAGCUUUCUUCUUGGAGAUCAUGACCAACAACAGGUCAGUGCGUACGUGGUGACAUCAGAACUGGGCAGUCACCAGUACAUUGUGUCACCUGUGGUAGACGUCCCCGCGACGUUUCAGCCGUACGCUUUCUGGACUCUGGUGGAGGAGAAGGGCACAGUCAAGAGGUUUGCCAGGCUGGACCGCAUCUACUCCAUGGACCUUCAAGAACUGAAGAGGCUUAAUCAGUAUCACAUUGUACUUACUGCUGCAGAUCUGAAUGAAGGUGCCAUUGCAUCUGUCCAAGAAGCCCUCAGAGUGAUGACAAUCCCAAAGGCUGUGCCUUCUCGUGAUGCUCCUCAGCAGUUCAAGAUGUACUUAACAACACUUGGCACGUCUUGGACUGUACUGAGCACUGAUGCCUUCCACUGUGCAACUGGCAUGGUGCUUGCCCGCAGCUGGACUGAUCCCAUCGUGGUGACUUGCAUUGCAAAGGGAAAGCUGAGGAUGUACCGUGAAGAUGGCACGAUGCUGGGGACUGAUCCAGAUGAGGUGGAGCUGUCUGGAGCUAAACAGACUGUGCAGGCCAUCUGGAUGGGAAUGCCUGGACCUGAGAUAUUUCUGAAGGUUCCAGGAGUAAAACCACCCGGGACUGUGCACCAUGAUCAUUUGAGCUCUGUGUCAUCAGAUGAACUGCACCCGAGCGAUGAGAGCCAGCUGCAGGAAGCUGAGAGAACUGGAAACCCCCCUUCUCGUGAUGCUAGCUACAUACUGGAAAUAUUCCAGCUCGCCAGGCAGGCUGGUCUGUCAGGGAGUGAGGCGCUGUGUGUGAUCCGGGAACAUGGUAUAGAGGGUGCUUUAGACUGGCUGAAGAAGCAACAAAAGGUCUUCCAGUACUUCAGCAGGAAGGCUCAUGGACAGCAGGUGGAGGAGAUGCCUCCCGGCCUCUCACGUGGCAGCAAGGAUCUUGAGAGACAAACCAGGAAGCUGAUGGUGGAAGAGGAGCUGACCUGUGAGCAGGCCCAUGCUGCCGUACUGCUGCUAUGGACCAGGAAGUGGCAGGGGUACGGUAGACGGGACAUCCUGUCCGCUGUCAGGAUCUGUGGGGAGGAGCCAAAGCUAACAGAUGUCAUGCAGACCAUCCUCUGGUCCACCAAGAAGGAGCCCAACAAUGUGAGUCCAUCUUGUCUGUGAGAGGGAGUGAUGUGCUGGUACACAGUCAACAUGUCAAGAUUAAGAUCACUGCCUUCUGAUACUGUAACAACAAAUAAUAUGAAAACAAGUUGUUACUCAAUAUUCCUGUUGCCUUACUUAAAGUCAUUCCACUAGAGACAGUGGAACGUAAAAGAAUGUUGGAGAAGGAAGCUACACAAUCAUGUAACGGUUAGUGAUUGGCCUAUCUUUCUAUUGAAUUUGAUCCACAUGGAUCCUGUUGCAAGAAAUUUGCCAGUAGGAAACUCAUCUUUUCAAAUCUCAAAACAAAAUUAUUUAGAUAAGAGAUUAAUUGGAAUCAUCAUUUUUGAAACAGAGGGUAAUGCUUUUUUAGCCAUUUAUAUUGCAGUAUAUAAAGAAAAUAUUUCCAUAAACAUUUAACUGUUAGAUUAGAAUCUUGUAGCUACAACACAGCCAUUAGAUAAGUUCUUGUUCCAUGGACAGUGGUAAAACAUUAUGCACAGUCCUCCAUUAAGUGACUUUCAGUAAUACGUCACAGUUUGUUUGUUUCACUUUUGUUUAGAUAACGUUAUGGUUGAAACAGAUGCAGUCUGUCUAUAUAUGGAUAUAAAGUAACCUGAAUGCAUAUGGUACCCAGGCUAGAAAAUUCAAGUCUUCUAUUAGAAUAGCAAAUUUUUGUGUUUUUUUUAUAAUCUAUGCACAAACUUUGUGUACUGCCAUCGUUUUUGUUUAUUUUUAUUUAUCUUUUAUUCAUUUUUUAUUUAUUUCUUAUUUAUUUAUUUUUUGUUUG